AUGUCUAAGACUCACAAUAUACUAAGUAAAGAUGAAUUAGAUAAGUCCCAUACAAAGCAGCAAUCAUACAACGAAUGUACAGAAUUAUGUUCAGCUCAUAAAAAAGAAGUUAUAAAAUUUUAUUGCCUCUCCCACAAAGAGCUCGGGUGCAAUGAUUGCAUGACUUUACGCCACCGAACGUGUAAAAUUGAGUACAUACCUGAUAAAUGCAGAGGCAUUGCAGAUGGCAAGGAAUUCGAUAACGUCAUGCAAAAACUCAGCGGAAAACUUAAAGAAGCAGAAAAAAUCUCUCAAAUGGCUAAAGAAAGAAGUAAUGAUAUAAAUGAAUGCAAUAAAGAAAUAAUCAAAGCAAUAACAGAAUUCCGAAAAGAAAUAAAUGACCGCCUUGAUCAGAUGCAACAAUAUGUUUCAACAACAGCUGAAGGUAUAAAGACAAAGAAUAUUAAAAUCGUUCAGAAGGUCCUUGAAGAAUGUGCAAGUAUGAUUUCUGAUAUAAAAAGUCUGCAAUCAAAACUUAAUGUAAACAAAUCAAAUCAUCAGAAUAGUCAACUCUUCAUUGACAUGAAACGGGCUGAGUCUUCACUGAAAUCAAAUGAAUUAAAUGAUGCAGAAAAAUCUUUGAUAAAUACUAAUAUGCACUACUCAUUUGAGCGGAAUUCUGACCUUGAAUCAUUGUUAUCGAAAACAAGGGUCUUUGGUGAGAUUGUCAGUCAUUCUUGUUAUGAACCGCCAAAUAAGAUGAAAUCUGUUGAUCGUCUGAUUCGGAAAGAAGAAAUCAACGUUAAAACUUCAUCAGAUAAAACGGAAUGUUGUAUUACAGGAUGUGCAGUUCUUAACACAAAUAAACUAGUUCAAGCUGAUAACUUCAACGAUAAGAUAAAAUUGGUAUCUAUAGAGAACAGACGUGUACAAGAAGAGAAAGCUCUUGACUCAAAUCCAUUUGAUAUUGUUGUUAUGUCUCAGGAUCAGUUCGCAGUAACAAUGCCGUUCAACCAAGAAAUAGUUGUUAUUACAACAUAUGACAAGUUAUCAUGUGUCCGCAGUAUUAAAGUGAAUAGGACAUGCUAUGGUAUAGACUAUAAUCAGGAUUGUUUUUAUGUUGCAUGUUUGUCUCCUUCUAGUGUGAUUGUACUGAAUACACAAGGUGAUAUCCUGAAUAACAUCCCUUUGACCUUUCUGUCAGGCUAUGUCCCGUAUAUUGCUGUGAGCAAGGAUUCCAAACUUCUGUAUAUCAGUGAUUUUGGUAACAACAGUGUAGUGAGUGUAGCAUUACAAGGGGAAGUUACAGCUACAUAUAAACAUACAGAUCUUAGAGGACCCUUGGGAAUGCUGAUGUUAGAUGACGGGUCAUUUCUUAUCUGCAGUUUUGAUAAUGGAACAAUUCAUAAAGUCAACGGAAAAUUGAAACAAGGAAAUAUAAUGUGUAAAGGUGUAAAGUAUCCCAGGUCAAUAUGCUACAGUGCCCACCAUGAUGAAGUCUUUGUUGGUAGAUAUGAUAACAAAAUGAAUGUGUUUGGCACAAAAUAA